GAACCUCAGUUUCUUGAAUACUCCUGCUUAUAAUAUCCAUCCAGUUUACUGCAGUAAUGUCUAUGUUUUCAACAUCUCUGUCUCUGCACCUUCUGAAUCUCCCUACACUGUUGGAAUAGUCCCAGAUUCUUCUGAUCAUGUAUGCAUAGAGGGCUGCAACAUUGCCACAGGAUAUGACGCCAUCGUCUUGAAGAGUGGCUGGGAUCAGUAUGGUAUAGCCUAUGGCAGACCAUCUAAGAACAUACACAUCAGAAACGUCCACCUUCAGUCGUCUUCAGGUUCGUCAAUUGCCUUUGGUAGCGAGAUGUCUGGUGGGAUAUCUAAUGUCCUUGUCGAGCACGUGCACUUGUACAACUCGUCUACUGGCAUUGAAUUCAGAACUACCAAGGGAAGAGGAGGUUACAUUAAAGGAAUAGUUAUAUCAGAUGUUGAAAUGGAAAACAUAUCCACGGGAUUCAGUGCCUCAGGUCAUUUCGGGUCACAUCCAGACGACGAGUUCGAUCCUAACGCACUUCCGAUCGUGCAGGACAUAACGUUGCAGAACGUUAGAGGCACAAACAUUAACAUUGCUGGAAACUUCACUGGGCUACAGGAAUCUCCCUUCACUUCAAUCUAUUUAUCCAACAUUACCUUUUCAAUGAAUUCAUCUUCUUCCACUUCUUGGAUCUGUUUAGAUGUUUCUGGGUACUCGGAAUCCGUGAUCCCGCCGCCCUGUUCUGAUCUCGAUACUCGAUAUUCAAUUUCUUCAUUAGCAGCGACUUCCCUUCUGAAUUCAGCUGGAAAAGCUGCUGUUUUAUGAAGCCUUUGCCAUCCAAGGUACAACAAUAUAUAUUUUCAGCCCUUGUCUUCUCCAAGUCAAGCAAGAUUCUUUCAAAUAAAAACCACAUGUCUAGAUUACUUGUUUUCUUCAUUCUCUUAGAAUUGCGUUCGUUCAUGUUUCGGUCUGCAGAUUUAUUUGUACAGUUCGAUUUCUUCAUUCACGUGGAAGGAAAUUUUUGGUAGUGAUUUUUACAGGUCUUUCGGUUUCGUUUGUGUUGCGUUUUUUUAAAAUUAUUCCCAUCACCCUCUCCCCCCCUCAAGAGCUUGGUGCUUUGUAAGUUCACUGUAAAUUGUUCAUUUGUUGUGAAGAGCUGAAAGGAUAAAACUCUUGUUGAUGUGAAAAGCAAUUCAUGUGAAGCCAAGUGAUUGGAAUAAAGGGAUCUUGGUGACACUUUGCUGCUUGUUAAGUGAAUUAAGCUGGGUGUUUUUUUGUCAUGACAUUUUCCACAUGUCGAUUUCUUAUUGGUUUGUCUCUUACUGAUGUUUGAAUGUACACCGUCUUUCAUUGUUCUUCA